UCUGUUGGGCAGCAUGAACAGAGGCAGCAGAAGCUGCAUCCGAGUGGGGAACGGCGCCAGACUGUCUGCACAGGGCUGGGCUCGUCCCCGGAGGCUGGGCUCGCGUGCUGCCGCUGCCACCGGGCCUGGCUGGCUGCAGAGAGACCCGUGGAAGAUGUCGAACCCGAGAAACGGCGACACCAAGCCCCCAUGUUUGCCCCGCAAUGGACUGGUGAAGAUCCCCACACAACCCAACGGCCUUGGCUCCGCCAGCAUCACCAAAGGCACCCCCGCCGUGAAAAACCGCCUGUGCCAGCCUUCCUCCGUGCCUGCCAUCCUCAGCCCAGCCUUAGCCCAUCGCAGCGACCUGCCCAUCCCCAGCCUGGCCUCCCCUCUCUCCUUGGCCGCGCUGGCCGGCGUCUCCUCCCCUCCUGGCGCUUCCUUGGUGGGACUGAACACGAGCGAAGGCUCGGAGCAGCCCUCACCAGAGCGGCUGCCCGGCUCGCCCUCAGAAAGGCAGCUGGCGGUGGACGAGAAGAUCCUCAACCGCUUGUUCUGGUACUUUUCGGCAUGCGAGAAGUGCGUGCUGGCGCAGGUGUGCAAGGCGUGGCGGCGGGUGCUCUACCAACCCAAGUUCUGGGUAGGCUUGACGCCCGUCCUGCACACCAAAGAGCUCUACAACAUCCUGCCUGGUGGCGAGAAGGAGUUCGUCAGCCUGCAGGGCUUUGCCGUCCGUGGCUUCGACGGCUUCUGCCUCGUGGGCGUCUCCGACCUGGACAUUUGUGAGUUCAUUGACAACUACCCCCUCUCCAAGAAGGGGGUCAAGUCCAUGAGCCUUAAGAGGUCGACCAUCACGGACGCAGGGUUGGAGGUGAUGUUGGAGCAGAUGCAGGGCGUGGUGCGGCUGGAGCUGUCGGGCUGCAACGACUUCACGGAGGCCGGGCUGUGGUCCAGCCUCAACGCCCGCAUCACGGCGCUGAGCGUCAGCGACUGCAUCAACGUGGCCGACGACGCCAUCGCCGCCAUCUCGCAGCUCCUGCCCAACCUCACCGAGCUCAACCUGCAAGCCUACCACGUGACGGACACGGCGCUCGCCUACUUCACCGCCAAGCAAGGCUACACCACCCACACCCUCCGCCUCAACUCCUGCUGGGAGAUCACCAACCACGGCGUGGUCAACAUGGUCCACAGCCUGCCCAACCUGAGCGUCCUCAGCCUCUCGGGCUGCUCCAAGGUGACGGAUGACGGUGUGGAGCUGGUGGCUGAGAACCUGCGGAAGCUGCGCAGCCUUGACCUCUCCUGGUGCCCUCGCAUCACCGACAUGGCCCUGGAGUACAUCGCCUGUGACCUGCACAAGCUGGAGGAGCUGGUGCUCGACAGGUGCGUGCGGAUCACCGACACUGGCCUCAGCUACCUGUCCACCAUGUCAUCUCUGCGGAGCCUCUACCUGCGCUGGUGCUGCCAGGUGCAGGAUUUUGGCCUGAAGCAUCUCCUGAGCAUGGGCAGCCUGCGCCUCCUCUCGCUGGCCGGCUGCCCCUUGCUGACCACCACGGGGCUAUCGGGGCUGGUGCAGCUGCAGGAGCUGGAGGAGCUGGAGCUCACCAACUGCCCCGGGGCCACCCCAGAGCUCUUCAAGUACUUCUCCCAGCACCUCCCGUGCUGCAUGGUGAUCGAGUAGCACCGGAUCCGGCCGCCCCGCUCCCGCGCCCACCCCGCCACCGCCUGGUCUGACAUCGCCCAUCCUAUUUCUUUCCGUCUGCUGGGGGAUGCAAAAGACACCAGUUGAUUACAACCAACCCCGGACACCCCCCCGCAUCGACGCCCCCGAGGGACACGGGACUCCGGAGGGAGAUGGGGGACGGCAUCACCCCUCACCGGAGCCCCCCUGGGUACCCUGUAAAUUCCCCCCACGCCGCUGCCAUUGCCCGUCCUCCUCCCGGUGUCCUGCCAAUCCCUUCCAGACGGACGAACGGACAUCAUGGAAACCCAAAGUGGGAAGGCGACGGCGGUGUGACCCCUCCCGGCCACAUCCUGCCCCCACCCCGGUGCCAAGACGGCAUGUGGCCCCACUGCCAAGGGUGCUCCUGGGGACCAAAGGAUGCUCCUGGGGAUGGGCGAGAGGAGGAUGCUUAUUUUUGGCACUCGUGGGUGGCAGCAGAGGCUGGAUGGGUCCUCUCGCACCCCCGGAGUGGGUCACCGAGCCACCCCCCCCCGUGCUGCGUGUACCCCCAAGCCCCCGGCCCUGCCCUUGGGGUGCCCGGCGCUUUCUCCUGGUGAAUAGGAUGUUUUUCUCCGCCCACCCACCCACCACCCUCGCAUGCUCGCUUGCUUCAGUCUCGUGGUACGGCAGGCUCCGGGGUACCCGGGGGGGGACGGUGACAAGUGACAGCCCCCACUUGGCCCCUCCAUAAGCCUUCGCCCCGGCUGGAUUGUGCCCCGGGAGCCGGACUCUCCCAGCAAGCAUCCCCCCUCGCCCUGGGGACCCCGCUGCACCCCGGUUUACAUGGGCUCGGUGGGGCGAUGCUGCUCCCCGCGGGAUGCCGACGUCGAGGAGCGACCCGUCCGGCUGGGAUGGGGUGUCCCGGGGGACCGGGGCCAGGUCUGAGCCGUCGCGGGGACACCGGCGGCAGAGAGCGAAGGCGGGAGGUGGUACCUAGGACACGCUGCCACUGCCACCACUUUUCCAGCUGGAAAGCCAUCAUCCCGAUGCCAGCAGCAAGCGGGGGGCUGGGGGGACCCCUGGCCUGAGCCGAGCCGGGCAUGGGGCUGGGGUGCCCGCGGGGACCCGGCGUAGGAGGGGGCUCGGUGGCCAUCCCCGGGGCAUCGCCCACUGCCACCCUGGCUGCCUGCACGGCCCCCGGAGGAGCGUGGGCACGGACACGGACACGGGCACGGACACGGACACGGACACGCUUUCGGUUUGUUUUGCCUUUGUACCGGGCGGGAAGGAACUGCUGCACCACC